GAGAUGACAAAGUUCCAAAAAUGUUGCGAAGAGCCCUCGCCCAGCUGUCGCUGAGCAGCAUGAAGUCUGCAAACGUAUGCAUAGGUCGUCCGGUCUUGCUUACCUCUGCUGAUGGGCGACAGGAGGUCUGUACUGCUUGGCCCAUCACAGGCUUUCCAGGCGGGAAAGUUGGGCUGAGUGAAACCACGCAGAAGAACCUGAAAGUAAAUCCAGGUGAUGCCGUCACUGUGCAGCCUGUGACUGGUGCAGUCAUCCAGGCGGAGGAAGUCGAUGUAAAGUUGAGGGACAAAGAUGCCACCAUUAAUGCCGAGGAAAUGUCUGUCUGUCUACUGAGAAACCUAGAUGGGAAAAUAGUUUUACCAGGAAACCUUUUGGCUUUCACUUUCUAUGGCAAACUUUGUAACAUCGUGGUGAUGAAAGUGAAAGGAACUGAUGGUGCAGAGCUGACUGCCCAGGGCAGUGCUGUUUCCAGUGAUAUGCAUGAGCCAGACCUUGAAAGAUCUGAUUUGGAGACGAGUACAUUAGAUUUGUCCUUGCAGCUCGGCAAGAUGGACAUUGACGGUAGUCCAGAGGUUGCAUCUAUGAGCACACCAAGCAAACUGAUGGAUCCAGGUUCACCAGUUACACCCAGUUCUGCUGUGGCAGCCAGUGGUCAAGACUCUGGUCAAGGAGAUAAAACCUACAGCAAGGAAGAUGGUGCAGAGCUCACUGAUGAUUUGGAGUUGGCUGGGAAAGGAGGCAGUGAGGGACUCCCACUAACUGGCAAAACUGGAGCAAUAAGCAAUACAGAUGCUUUUUAUUUCAUUUCUUCAAGAACUAGAAUCAAUUUUGUUGAAACGAGGACAAAUGUAGCAGAAGAUGGUGAUUGUGAAUCCCGAGUCACCUAUGAUAUGAUAGGAGGUUUAAGCAGCCAGCUCAAAACUAUUAGAGAAACAGUUGAACUGCCCUUGAAGCAAGCUGAACUGUUCAAGAGUUACGGAAUCCCUCCUCCUAGAGGCGUGCUAUUAUAUGGUCCGCCAGGUACCGGGAAGACUAUGAUUGCCAAAGCCAUUGCGAAUGAGGUUGGCGCUCACGUUACUGUUAUUAAUGGUCCUGAAAUAAUAAGCAAGUUUUAUGGGGAGUCUGAAUCAAGAUUACGUCAGAUAUUUGCUGAAGCUUCUCUGCGUCGUCCCUCCAUUAUAUUUAUAGAUGAGUUGGAUGCACUCUGUCCAAAGAGAGAAGGGGCUCAGAAUGAAGUUGAAAGGAGAGUUGUUGCUUCAUUGCUGACAUUAAUGGAUGGCAUUGGCUCAGAAGGCAGUGAAGGGCAGCUCUUGGUACUUGGGGCCACUAAUCGUCCUCAUGCACUGGAUGCAGCACUGCGCAGACCUGGGCGUUUUGAUAAAGAGAUAGAAAUUGGAAUUCCUAAUGCCCAAGACCGUCUGGACAUACUCCAAAAGCUUCUGAAAAAAGUUCCCCAUUCACUCACAGCAGUGGAGUUGGCGCAACUGGCUGAUAGUGCACAUGGUUAUGUGGGUGCAGACUUAGCAGCCUUGUGCAAAGAAGCAGGUUUGUACGCAUUGCGGAGAGCACUGGGGAAAAGACCUAACCUAUUAGACAACGAGGUGGCUGGGUCAGUGACGAUUGCUUUCAAUGACUUCCUGCAGGGGAUGAAUGAUGUCAGGCCCAGCGCCAUGAGGGAGGUGGCAGUUGAUGUGCCAAAAGUAUCUUGGUCAGACAUAGGAGGACUAGAAGACGUCAAGCUGAAAUUGAAGCAGGCAGUUGAAUGGCCUCUCAAACAUCCCGACUCUUUCAUCCGAAUGGGGAUUCAGCCUCCGAAAGGUGUGCUGCUCUACGGACCUCCUGGGUGCUCAAAAACAAUGAUAGCAAAAGCUUUGGCUCAUGAAAGUGGUCUCAACUUCUUAGCAGUGAAGGGACCUGAACUGAUGAAUAAAUAUGUUGGUGAGUCUGAACGAGCAGUGAGAGAGAUCUUUAGGAAAGCCAGAGCGGUGUCUCCUUCAAUUAUUUUCUUUGAUGAGAUAGAUGCCUUGGCAGUUGAAAGGGGAAACUCUUCAGGUGCUGGAAAUGUGGCAGACCGUGUCUUGGCUCAGUUGUUAACGGAAAUGGAUGGGAUAGAACAGCUGAAGGACGUGACAAUUUUGGCAGCUACAAACAGACCGGACAUGAUAGACAAG